CACCUUCCCCACCAGUCUGCCGGUACUUCUUCUAUUACUGACGAAGUACUGGUCAGACGCCCGCACCGCACGAGCACGAGACGAGAGAGCCGCCGGAGACAGAGCAAAAUCAAAUCCCAAACGAGCCAAACCAUCUCUCCCCGCGAUGGCCCAAUCGGAGACGGCGGACACGCGGAGCGGCUACUGCGCCGCGACGGGCUCCUUCCGGAGCAAGCGCGCGGCGGUCCCGCUCCCCGUCGACCGUGACGUCGACGUCGUCACCUUCCUCGCCUCCCGCCGCCACUCGGGCGUGGUCGCGCUCAUCGACGCCGCCACGGGCCGCCGGACCACCUUCGGGGAGCUCUGGCGCGCGGUGGCCGGGGCCGCCACGGCGCUCGCCUCGGCCCCCUUCUCCCUCCGCAAGGGCCACGUGGCGCUCAUCCUCUCCCCCAACUCCGUCCACUUCCCCGUCGCCGCCCUCGCCGCCAUGUCGCUCGGCGCCGUCGUCACCACCGCCAACCCGCUCAACACCGCCGCCGAGAUCGCCAAGCAGGUCGCCGACGCCCGCCCCGUCCUCGCCUUCACCACCCGCGAACUCCUCCCCAAACUGCCCCGCGACCACCCGCUCCGCGUCGUCCUCCUCGAAUCCGCCGCCGGGGACCCCCUCCCCGCCGAUCCGCGCAUCGCCGCCACCAUCGAGGAGAUCUCCGCCACGCCGCCCGACCCCGCGCGCCGCCGCGGGGACCGCGUCACGCAGGACGACCAGGCCACGCUGCUCUACUCUUCCGGGACGACGGGGCCCAGCAAGGGCGUCGUCUCCACUCACCGGAACCUCAUCUCCAUGGUCCAGAUCGUCAUGACCCGCUUCCGCCUCGAGGAGUCCGACUCCACGGAGACCUUCCUCUGCACGGUGCCCAUGUUCCACGUCUACGGUCUCGUCGCCUUCGCCACCGGCCUGCUCGGCUGCGGCGCCACCAUCGUGGUGCUCUCCAAAUUCGAGCUCCCCGAGAUGCUGCGCUGCAUCAACGCCUACGGGGUCACCUACCUGCCGCUCGUGCCGCCGAUCCUGGUCGCCAUGGUCGCGCACCCGAAGCCGCUGCCGCUCGGGCAGCUGCGCAAGGUGCUCUCCGGCGGCGCGCCGCUCAGCAAGGAGCUGAUCGAAGGGUUCAAGGAGAAGUACCCGCAGGUGGAGAUCCUGCAGGGGUACGGGCUCACGGAGAGCACGGCCAUCGGCGCGUCUACGGACUCGGCCGAGGAGAGCCGCCAGUACGGGACGGCUGGGCUGCUGUCGCCCAACACCGAGGCUAAGAUCGUAGACCCUGAGACCGCUGAGGCACUCCCGGUGAACCGCACCGGCGAGCUGUGGAUCAAGGGACCAUACGUCAUGAAAGGCUACUUCAAGAACACAGAGGCAACAAAGGCAACUGUGACACCUGAAGGAUGGCUCAAGACUGGUGAUCUCUGCUACAUAGACGAGGAUGGGUAUCUCUUCGUGGUGGAUCGUCUGAAGGAAUUGAUCAAAUACAAAGGCUACCAGGUGCCACCGGCAGAGCUCGAAGCUCUUUUGCUGACACAUCCAGAGAUUACCGAUGCCGCUGUUAUCCCGUUUCCUGAUAAGGAGGUCGGCCAGUUUCCGAUGGCCUAUAUUGUGAGAAAGAACGGGAGCAACUUGUCAGCGCAUGAGGUGAUGGAGUUUGUGGCGAAACAGGUAGCCCCUUACAAGAAGGUCAGAAAGGUGGCGUUCGUGACGGACAUCCCCAAGAAUGCAUCCGGCAAGAUACUGAGGAAAGAUCUCAUCAAGCUGGCGACAUCCAAGCUCUGAAAUUUGGAUUGGACUGGCCCCUUCCUGCAUUAGUGUUGGCUCGUCAUCAUUGUACACUUGGCUCUCUUCUGCCCUUUGUCCAAAUUAAUUUCGGUGAGUAUUUGUAACUGAAGAUCUCAUCAGUUGUGUACAUUGGAGGGUAUACUGCUUCUUCUGUACCUAGAAUUGAAUAACCAUAAUACCAAAUCCAAAACAAUUUCCCAGUUUGAGGUGUUAGAUGGAUCUGAGAUCAACCCAUCCAGAUUCCUACACGGCUACACUGGUUUGUGUACAGACUGUAACUCUGUAAUUACGAGAUCUAGACCAGACAUUACAGUAUGUAUAUGGCCAGUCAGUUUACUUUCACUAUAUUUCUUGGCUGUGGUGGUUCGUAGCCUCCACUGGGAUAUCCAA